AUGGCCAUGGCCACCGUUUCCAACGGCGACGACGACGGCAAUAAGCUCACCGUCGUCGUCCUCGGCCCAGGCACCGCCGCCGCCGCCGCAGUUUCUGCCGGAACCAAGCCGCCGCCGCCGUCGGCGCGGCACGUGCAGUGGCUGCGCGCCGCGGUGCUGGGCGCGAGCGACGGCCUGGUGUCCACGGCGGCGCUCAUGCUGGGCGUGGGCGCCGCGCGUCGUCCGGGAGGCGACGCCGACGCCGACGACCUGCGCGGGGUCCUCCUCGCGGGUCUCGCGGGCCUCGUCGCCGGCGCCUGCAGUAUGGCCAUCGGCGAGUACGUGUCCGUGCACGCGCAGCUGGACGUGGAGCUGGCCGAGCUCAAGCGCGCCGACGAGGAGUCGGCGGCGGCGGCGGGUGACGGAGACGGCGGAGCACCACUGGACCGUGCCGAAGGCCUGUCGAGACCGGGGCAGGCGGCGGCGGCCUCCGCGGUGUCGUUCGCGGCCGGGGCAGCCGUGCCGCUGCUCGCGGCGUGGUUCGUCACCACCGGGUACGGGGCGCGGGUGGCGGUGGUCGUGGCGACGGCGACCGCCACGCUGGCGGUGUUCGGCUGGCUUGGGGCCGUGCUGGGCCGGGCCCCCGGUGGACGGGCCGGGCUGAGAGCCGUGGUGGGAGGCCUGGUGGCUAUGGGGGUCACGUAUGGGCUCAUGAAGCUCUGCAGGGUCCAUGGAGUUUGAUGGGGGAAAUAUCUAUCACCACAACAUGAUCUAUCACCACAACAUGAUCGCAGUGAGAAUAGGAUAGCAGGAUUAUUAACAUGCGGAUGUUAUUGGUGUAAUAUAAGUGAAUUAUCCAACUCUUUCCAUUGGCUUAAGAUUUUUAGGUUGAACUAGUUAGCGUAUACAACUCAAUAUAUAUGGAGGUCUUGAGUUC